UUAACUGCCUUGAGGAUGUACCUUCUAAAGGCGUGUUUUAUACUUGGCAUAAAGGGAAUAAGUUGGCCAAGCUUGAUAGAGUCUUUAUCAACCAACACUGGGCUGAUAUUGGUUGGGCUCCUAUAUGUGAUUUUAUGGACUUCAAUCACAUGUCUGAUCAUAGUCCUAUGCUGCUCUGUUGUGGCUGUCCACCUGUUGGAAGGAGAAAAUCAUUCAAAUUCUUCAACAUGUGGACUAAACAUGAAGAUUUUCAAGGGUUGGUUUUCCAGUCAUGGGGGCCUCGGGUCAAUGGAUCUAAACAAUUCUCCCUUAUGUUCUAAAUUGAAACGGCUUAAAUCACCCCUAAAGACUCUCAACAAGAAUGCUUUUGGACACAUUUCAAGAAGAGCUUUGGAGGCUAAAGAAGAAUACAGACUCAUUAUGAAGGAGGUCAUGGCAGACCCUAACAAUCAGGCUUUGUUAGAUGAUGCUGAGGCCAAGAGGAAAAGAGCCAACUUCCUUUUAGAUGCUGAGCUGGAGUUCUAUCAACAAAAGGCUAAGUGUGAUUUCCUUAUGAACUCGGACAGAUGUACUAGCUACUUUCAUUCCCUUGUCAAGAAAAAUAGGAAGAAACUUGUAAUUCCUUAUUUGAGUAAGGAUGAUGGAACUAAAACUACCUCUAGUGAUGAGGUUGUUGGGUGCUUUCUUGAGUUCUACCAAAAUCUGUUUGGUACCACCCCUUAUGUGGGGCCUAUUGAUGAAGAGAUUUUGGCAGCCGGAGCAACUGUCCCUGAAUCUGCCCAUUCCAGAUUACUUGCUACUGUUACUUUGGAGGAGGUUAAGGAUGUGGUUUUUGACAUUGGGGAGAUCUCACCUCUGUGCAGGUGCUUAUGGACUGUCUGGAGCAUUUCUCAAGUGUAUCAGGUUUGGUCCUUAAUCCUACCAAAUCUAAUAUCUUUAUUGCUGGGAAGCAGGGAUACUAGCCACGACAUCCUAAGUCUGGUUUCUUUCCCUCGUGGUCAUCUCCCGGUUAGGUACUUGGGAUUACCUUUGGCAUCACAAAGGAUCUCUGAAGCUGAUUAUGCACCUCUAUUCAAAACUGUGGAUGGUUUCCUCUCAAAGUGGAAGACUAUGAAGAUUUCAUAUGCGGGCAAGUUGGAAUUGAUCAGAGCAGUCAUUCAGGGAGUUCAAUCCUUUUGGCUACAGGCUUUCCUUGUCCAGAAAUAUGUUCUUGAACGCAUCACUUCCCACUGCCGUGAUUUCCUUUGGGGGAGCAAAUUCGCCAAGGUGGCUUGGUCUGAUAUUUGUAAACCCAAAACAGAGGGGGGACUGGGGCUUAAAGAUGCCGGUAAGUGGAAUGAUGCUUUAUUAUGUAAACUACUUUGGGAUCUGGCAGCCAAGAAAGAUUCGCUCUGGGUAAGAUGGGUGCAUUCUGUGUACAUUAAAGAUACUGAUUUUUGGCAGUGGCAACCCAAAAGGAGGCAUUCUGUUUUCUUUAAAAGGUUAGCCUAGGUUCGAGAGCUUUUGGUUCAAAAGAUUGGUAACCAUAACACCCCGAUGGAAGUGGCUUUGCAACCUUACUGUUUGGGAAACACCCUUGUUCCAAGUAAGGUGUAUGACUUAUUUAGGGUAAAGGCCAACCCCAAGCCUUGGAUGGCUUUCAUUUGGCACUCAACCAUUCCUCCUAAAUGCUCAUUUACGAUGUGGCUUGCACUUAGGAGGAGGUUACCCACCAAAACUAACUUGGAAUUCUUGGGACUUCCAUUGGAUUGCACACUUUGUGGUCAUGCAAAGGAGGAUGUGAACCAUCUAUUCUUUGAAUGCAGUGUCUCACAGCAGGUUUGGGGGACCAUUAAACAUUGGUUACGCAUUGAUGGGUAUUUGAGUACUUUGGACAGGGCUAUCAGAUGGAUGAAGUCUUUCCGAAGAGGGGAUGCUAUUAUGAAGAAGACGAGGAGAAUUGCUUUAGCUUGCACGGUGUUCCACAUCUGGAAGCAAAGGAAUGCCACCCAAUUUGACCAAGUACCCCUAUGCAUUGAGGCUAUGAUUUGUAAAAUUAAGGUGAUGGUUUUUUCAAUUUUGGGGAGGCUUUGGCCAUUGUAUUCCCUUUCGUAUUGAUGUAUGUUUCGUUGUUUUGCUGUUUCUUGGCCUGUGUGCCUUGCGUUUGUUUACUUGGAGGCGUUUUGGUGAUUGUAAUGAUGCCGUGUUGGCAUUGGCAGGU